AGAGAGAGAACAGGCAGGGAAGAAAACCAGAAUAAAACUCCUCCUCCAUGUUUUAUCUGAGUGUCACUGCAACUUUUAUCAGCUAAGUGUGUGCGUGUGCAUGUCUGUUACUGAGUACAACAGAGAACUAUACUGGACUGUGUUACACAAGGAAAGUGCUAAAGAUGGUUGAAGACUAAGACAAAGAAGGAGAGAUGUUGACUGAUUCUGAUUGGCUGAGUGAAGAGUAACAAAUGAAGAUGAGAAGUCAAGAUAGAGUGAGGAAGAUGUUGGCUAGGGGCCUCAAGAAGAAUGGUCAACUUCAACUGAUCCCAGUCCGCACUUCUUAUCAGAAGAUGUCCCCCAACAGGCCUGCAAGCAGCCCCUCUUUGAGCAAGUUACUGGGGGAAAAAAUCAGGAACAAUCUGCUUCUUACAGUCAGGUGUGGAGAUAAAAAAGGCAAGCUGCAUAAGGAGAGGUUCAACAACAGUAAGCAAUGCAUCCUCUCUCAAAGUAGGUGGUUCACCCCUCCACAAUUUGAGAAGUUUGCGGGAAUGGAGAAACACAAGAAGUGGAAAAGUAGCAUUUAUUAUGAACACCUUCCUUUACAAACCCUUAUACAGGAGGGCUUUCUUUCAUCGCCAUCAUUUAAACUGAGGAGGAUACAGGAUGCACAGCCACAGUACAGGAAGGCGCUGUUUGCACCCAGCAGACGUACCAGACAUGUUACAGAGUCCAGCUCAGACUACAGCAGUAGUGAUGAUGACAGGGAUGAGGAAGAGUACGCUGAUAUGACACAGUUCCAAGGUGAAACUUUUCCUGUUACGUGUUCUGCAGGGAGAGGAAUUCUACAUAAAAGUCGCUUUGCUACAGUGAGGUGUGGUAAAUGCAUCAGAACAGAGGAUUCCUGGCUGACCCCCCAGCAGUUCCUGAAUCUGAACAGGAGCGGUGGAAACUGGAGACGAGACAUCACCAGCCAUGGAGAGCCUCUGGGAACUCUGAUAAUGAGGAGGGUGUUAGUACCUCAUACAGUCAACUGUGUGUGUUCCAGCUGCAGUGGAGAAAAUCAGCUGGAUCAGGAAAAUGAUGACCUGUGCUUCAAUUGUAACUCUGAGGGUGAUGAGGGUGAUGACCUUGUGUGUUGUGAUGAAUGUCCACGAGCUUUUCAUCAUCAUUGCCACAACCCGCCCCUACAGGAUGACACACUGGGUGAUCGGUGGAUCUGUUCCUACUGCACAGCAGCAAGAAAUCAGAGCCAUGAAUGAUCAGGAGUCCUAUAACACAGCCUGAACUGAUGCUCUGUAUACCAUACAUAUGCAUUCAUACAAACCUUUCAUACAUUUAUACAAACUUGCAGCAUUUUGGCAGAACUCCACAAUGAAACAACAAAUCAUAGUAUACCUGGUUUUAGCACUAAUAGUAUAUUGGAAUAUUUUUGUAACAUAUAUUGUAGGACAUUUUAUGUACCUGUAAUGUGAAUGCAUGAUUGAAAAGUACUGAAAUUUUUUUUAAUAAAACAGAAUAAGAUGUUUUGAUUGAUGAAAAUA